UAUUGUGCAUACGAAGGAAGCGCCAAAAUUUUACGUAUUUAUUUUGUUAUUUUUAUCAAUUAAAUAAACAACGUAUAAAGUACAAUAACGCGCAACGGAGAAAAGGUGCAAGUAGAUUCGUGAGCUUAGGAACUGUACGGUCAUGUCCUUCUUUGGUGGCAACACAUCGCUAGGUGCGACAAGCACGCCGGCUAAACCGGGCGGCAUGUUUGGUUCAUCAUUUGGAGCGACAACUGCAGCUGCUGCGCCGGCGUUUGGGGCGCAAACCGGAGCUGCUGCGCCGGCUUUUGGUAGUGGCAUGUCUGCUCCAGCGUUUGGCUCUGCACCCACACCUUUUGGCGCCGCUACAAGUACUGCACCCACUUCUACGCUGGGUGGCGGCUUUGGUGGCUUCGGCGGAAUGGCAGCAACAAGCCAACCCAGUUUAUUUGGAGCACCUGCUGUUAGCGCAGCGCCUCCAGCAUUUAGUGGUUUCGGGCAGUUGCCAACCACUAGCAAUGCGCCAGCAAGUGGAUUCGGUGGCUUUGGUACAACAACGACAUCAGCGCCAGCAUUUGGUGGCUUCGGCGCCAGUCAAUCAACAGCAUUUGGCGGUGGCACCUUUGGAUCAGCUUUUGGAAAACCGGCUGCGGCGACAGUAACACCUGGUUUUGGUGGUUUCGGUGGGACAAAUUUUAUGCUUGGACAGCCACAGCAGCAACCAGUUCCCAUAUCGGCAGAUGAGGCGUUUGCCCAGUCUAUUUUGAAUGUCUCCAUUUUUGGCGAUGAGCGCGACAACAUUGUGGCCAAGUGGAACUAUCUGCAGGCCAUGUGGGGCACCGGCAAACUCUUUUACUCCCAAAGUGCGGCGCCUGUGGACAUAACGCAGGAGAAUUAUUUAUGCCGUUUCAAGGCAAUCGGUUACAGUCGCAUGCCUGGCAAGGAUAAUAAAUUGGGACUGGUUGCACUUAAUUUCGAUCGAGACUUGGCCACAAUUAAGACACAGCAGCAACAGAUUAUACAAACGCUGCACAGCUUGAUGGGCAGUAAGCCAAACAUUUUGGUCCACAUCGAAGUACUCAAGGAGCUGGAAAACAAAAAGUGUCAAAUGGUCAUUUAUGUGGAAGAGAAACAGCAGCUAACGCACGGACCAAACGACAGCAAACGAAUACUUGCCACCGAGCUGGCCAGUUAUUUGGGCCAGGCAAAUGUAAAGCCACAGUUGACCAAUUUGGGCAUAACAGAAGCAUUAGCUCUUACACUGCCCGAUGAAGACCAAUUGAAAGAGUAUCUAGAGAAUCCACCAAGAAGUGUCGAUCCACGCAUGUGGCGUCAGGCAAAUUUGGAUAAUCCGGAUCCCAGUCAAUUUAUACCGGUGCCCAUGAUUGGUUUCAGCGAUCUGAAAUGGCGCGUUAAGUGCCAGGAGCAGGAAACGGAUACGCAUGCGCUGUACAUGAAAAAGGUGGAGGGUGAAUUACAGGAGUUGCGUCGACGACACGCCUCAGCCACAGCCAAAAUACUGGAGCACAAGCGCAAAUUAGCUGAAAUGAGCCAUCGCAUACUAAGAAUCGUUGUAAAGCAGGAAUGCACACGCAAGGUGGGCAGCACAUUGACACCUGAAGAGGAGGCGCUUCGCACUAAGCUACAAAAUAUGCAGGCUGUUGUCUCGGCGCCCACACAGUUCAAGGGACGACUCAGUGAACUGCUUUCCCAGAUUCGCAUGCAGCGAAAUCAAUUUGCCAGCAAUGGAAGCAAUGAAUACGCCAUCGACAAGAAUGCCGAGGAUGAGAUGAAGACCAUACUGACCAUGCAACAGCGAGCCAUGGAAGUAUUAAAAGAAACUGUUAACAAGGACCUGGAAGCGCUCGAUAUUAUAAUAAAAGGUUUGCCCGAAUUACAGCAAACAUGAUCGCCCAUUCGCUUUGUAACGAAAUUAUGUAGUUGUUUGUCCAAUAUAGAGUCAAUGAACAAGAUGUAAUCGU